AUGCGUUGUUCAUUUCAAACAGAAGAGAGGGAUCUUUGCUGUCUUGAUUUUCCAGGCUCUGAAAAAGAUCAUGACGCCGAAACGUUAGCCGGAAUAAAGAAUGACCUAGACGACGAACUCAGAGAGCAGCGAAGGAUCCUCAAAGAAAGACUGGAAAUCUUAGGAAAACGAAAUCGUACCACUGGAAGCGAUGAACGAAGAGUUCACGACCAACCACUAUCGGAAGAAGAUCGAUUGAUACUUAUUAGAAUAGCUGAAGCAGUAGAGAGGUACAAGAGGAAUCCUUUUGACGACCUUGAUGCUGUAGUCAGCGAAACAGAAAUGUUGGAAAUGGACGCAUCCACUAAGGAUAUGAAAGUGGAGGGUGGGAGUUCUGCUUUACGCAAUGAAUCACACAACGAUUCUGAUUUGAGAGAGAAGGAAGGCAGUGAAGACGAGGAGAUCAAAGAAGAAGGAUUCAUCCAGGAACAUGGCGGAAGCGAUAAAAAGCUGAAAGAGAAAGAAGUGCAUCAUGAUGCCGAAGAAGAGACUGAUGAGCAUCCUAACCAUUCACGAGGAGUAGCGGAGAAGUACUGCGACGAAUACGAACAACACUUCUCAUUCUAUUGUGUCGGAGAGACAGAUCGAAUAGGGCAAAAUGUGGAGGAAGUCUCCAAAUUCUGUCCUUCUUACAAAAGUGCCUGUUCUCAUAAGCAAAUUACCACGUCUCUAUCUCUCACAACAUGGCCUACAAAUCCAUUCACAAAGGCGGUUUCAUUCCGAGCGCCAGCAAUAUCAAAAGAAGGAAGCGAUGAAUCAGAGGAAGAACUAACUAGUGAAGAGGAGGAGCCGGAAAGAAAAGAACAGUACUACAGAGAACUCAAGGUAGAGGCUUACGAGGAUGACGGCGAGUUAUCCUACUCUGUUCUCGAUAACUCCAGGUUGUGGUAUAAUGGAUGCCCGAAAUAUGCUCAGUAUCAUUAUGCUUCACAAUAUAUCUACUCUAAAGCAGAGAAAGGAAAGAAAGUCCCUGGGCCGCUCACAAAUAAUCCAAAUCCUUACAAUAUUCCUAGCCCCGCUGGUUUUCCACCGGUUGCGCCGACAUCGAGACUAGCAGGACAGAUCACAAGAGAGCAACAGUACUCCAACAAUCCCCAGAGUCUUCGCCCAUUGGCUCGAUCGUCGAACACUUUGGUGGCGCCUCCUCCUCUGCCACACUCUGUUGCCCGAGAACGCGAGUCAAUGACAGGGAGCAGAAAGACAAAACGCAGCAGAAAACAGCGGCAGUACAGUGAAGCGGAGACGACUCGAUCAUCUCGUCGCAAACAUCGUCGGGAAGAUCAUCCACAUUCUAUUAGUAGGAGGGAAUUGAUCAAAACAUUGAAAGCAGUCAACUCCCUCACUGCUGAGCCUGUAAAAACCAUCAAAGAUCCUGCUUCAUUUUUGUCGGGUUCAGGUGCUAGUGACCACAUCGAGAGCUACUCAUCGGAGGGAAGUUUAUCACGACCACGUGCUCAUCAGGCAAAUACGUUCCCAGUUGUACCCUCCGACGCCAUCUACGGGACCGAUGAUAACACAUUCAAAAAGUUUGAUGCUUUAACUGAUAGCUCUGGCGUUCUUCAUCGACCGAGAAGUCGUAGUCCUUUCAGUAAACCUGGUUUGUGGGAACCAAAUCCGGACAAUCCUCACAACAGAGAUCAUGCCAACAAGUUCUUUUACUAUCCACGUUCGGUAUCAGCUGAUUGGCUGAAUGGGCAGGUAGCGUGGGGUGCUCACUGGGCUGUACCUGCAGCUGGAGUUGGUGGCACCGAUGGCUUCAGCACACUGCAUUUCCCAACUGUUGGCACCUUCCUUAAUAUUCCCGACGACUACGACUAA